GUUCCCUGCACUGAUAGUCCUCUUCCUCUUCCCAUUCCAGUAGAAGAGGCAUUCCUCACAUUUCUGGAUCCCAUUCUUUUCUGACACUUUUGUGACUUUUACUUAUUCAUCUUCCUGAUAUCUUAUGUUAAAAAGUAAGCAUUUUCAAGUCUAUUUCAUCUCAAUAUCUCUUGACCCACAUCCCUGUUCAGUUACCAUAUACCCUCUCUCGUCUCCAUUUCAGUAACUCCUUGAAAAAAUUUACCUGCCUUCCCAAACCCAUCCUGAUAACAUUUCCAGGACCUUCCACGUUGCUAAAUCUAAUGCAUACUUUUCUAUCCUCAUUUUAAUAUACCCAUCUCCAUCCUUUGUUUUCUUAUUUUCUUUUUUGUCACUCUUCUGUUUUGCAUCCUACAUCUCUAGCACUGCAUUAUUACCCUUUUUGCAAGACUCUUUUCUAUGCUCCUCUUAGUUAUAAAUGUUCCCCAGAGCUUUAUCCUAAGCCAUUUUUUCUCCACACAUUUUACUAGGUAAUUUGGUUUAUUCCCUAGGCUUUAAUUAACAUCAGUUUGCUGAUAACUAUCAACUAUAGAUGUUUAGCCCAUAUUGCUCUCCUGAGUUUGAGACACACGUACCUACCACAUGUCUACACUUAAUGUCUAACAGGUACUUCAUACUCAAAAUAAAAGUCAUCCUCUCUUACAAACUUACUCUUCUUCCAGUGUUUUUUAUUCAUGAAAUGGCACCACCGUUCAAACACUCACUCAAACCAGAAACGUGUGUCACUCUUGGCUUCUCUCUUAUUUCUUAACCACAGCUAGUCAAUUACCGAGUCCUAUCAAUUCUACCUUCCUAAAUACUUCUUGAAUUAGUUCACUUCUAUCCAUUGCCCCCAUGCUCAUUGGUCCACCAUUAUCUCUUGCCAGAGCUAGUGUAUCUGCCUGCAGUUAACUGGUCUCCCUGAUUUUCUCUUGUCAAACCCCCCAUACCCCACAAUGCAUUCCCAUUCCUUGCCCCGAGUCAGAAUUGUCUCCCAAACGUAGAAAUCACAUUCUUUGAAUGCUGAAAACUCUUCAGUUGAUUUACAUUGCCUUUUUGAUAAGAUCCAAACUUCUAAUAUGACCUAUAAAGUCUUUCAUAAUCUGGCUCCUGCCUUCAUCUCCAGCCUCAUUUCUUCUUUUUUUUUUUUUUUUUUAAGAUGGAAUCUUGCUUUGUCCCCCAGGCUGGAGUGCAAUGGCACGAUCACGAUCUCGGCUCACUGCAACCUCUGCCUCUUGGGUUCAAGCAAUUCUCCUGUCUCAGUCUCCUGAGUAGCUCGGAUUACAGGCACCUGCUACCACGCCCAGCUAAUUUUUAUAUUUUUAGUAGAGAUGGGGUUUUACCAUGUUGGCGAGGUCCAGCCUCAUUUCUCUAGUAUUCUCCCCUCCCCUACUAUGUUCUUUUAGUUCCCUCACUUCUGUGACAUUGAACUCAAAGCUUCUGCCGUCUGGACCUUCCUCCAUCAUCUACCAAGUUAACUCAUGCAUUCUUCUGGUUUCAGCUUAAACUUCCUUUGCUCCAGGAGGUUAGGAGUCCAUGCUCUGUGCACAUAGUGCUCCAUGCUGCCUUAUCGUAGGUGCAUUAGAUUUUGCUGUAAUUACUAGGUUAAUUUUCUAUUUUUUGUGGACUAUAACAACUGUGUUUUUCUUGUUUUCCUCUGUAUUCCAGAUCUGUCACUGUGUCUGGUGCAUGGUAAGUUUCUAUUAAAUGUUGAAGGGUGAAAGGGAGCGAGAGAGAAAGGAUUAUAAUACGGAAUAGAGUACAAAAUUUGCACACAUUUUGCUUUUCUGUCACAUCAGUAUGGUUUGCAUUAACCUCACAAGUUACAUGUCAGCUUUUGUUUUUUUUUCUUUAAUGGAAAGACAUAUUUAGGACAUGUUGUCUGCAGAUCCCACUGAAUGGACAGAACAAGAUACUUAGACCAGUGGUUCUCAGCUGAGGCUGCUCACUGGAAUUACUUGAGAACUUUUUAAAAUUCUGAUUCCUGAGUCCCAACUUUAUAGAUUCUGGUUUAAUUGGCCUGGCAUCUGUUAAAGCUCUCCAUGUGAUUCCGAUGCACAGCAAAAAUUAGAACAUGACAGUUUUACUACAGCCAUUUCUUUAUGACUUGCUUCACUGACUGAUACUCAAGCUGGUUGAAGAACAAGAAAAUCAAACAGUCCAGAUUCAGCAGAACCCUGAUCCACCCACGUGCUUUCAAUUACAACUAAAAAUGGCUGGAACAAUUAAAAAAGAGUUUGUUGGUACAAAUAACUGUCAAGUCCAGAGGUAGUAUUGGUUCAGGCAAACGUGAUCCAGUGGCCUAGAGAUGACCCCAAUGCCCCAGUAUCUCUCUGCUUCUCUUUCCUGUCUUUGUUUUCUUUCUCCUAAUUUAGCCUCUUCUUAUGGCCAUAGAUGGCUACUAAAGACACCAGGAAAAUGAGCCCAUCUUUGUCAUUAACAUCAUAAGAAAAGUCUUUCAGAUUCGCUUUGAUUGGACUGGUUUAGGUUACCAACCAAUUGCUGCGUUUAAGGGGUUGGAAUAUAGUAGAAUAGGAGUAGAGUCCUCUUCCCAGGAAACACAGCAAUCCCCAAAUGAAAAUGGGAUCUUUUAGAAAGGAAUAAGGGAGAUAAAUCAAUGCUGAGACCAUCAAUGUCUGCUUUACCCAUACAGUGGUUUUGGCUGGCUGCAGAAUUCGGUCACAAAACUGUAGCACUACUUUAUAGUACAUAGUACAGUACUAUAAAGUACAUGCUUUAUAAGUAACCCAGAUUUCUACAUCAAUUCCCACAGUUAAUGACUACUAAAAAACUAAAUGUGAUUAUAUUAAUCAUAACACUCUUUAGUGAGAAGGAACUUGAGAACAGAAAAUUGAUUUGGAUCCCGCAAACUUAAGUUGCCCCAUGUAUGGCUUUUGUUUAGUGCCUCAGUAAACAAUGUUUUCUUGCUUCAUUUUGAAAAAUGAAAAAUCGGCCGGGCGCGGUGGCUCACGCUUGUAAUCCCAGCACUUUGGGAGGCCGAGGCGGGCGGAUCAUGAGGUCAGGAGAUCGAGACCACGGUGAAACCCCGUCUCUACUAAAAAUACAAAAAAUUAGCCGGGCGUGGUGGCAGGCGCCUGUAGUCCCAGCUACUCGGAGAGGCUGAGGCAGGAGAAUGGCGUGAACCCGGGAGGCGGAGCUUGCAGUGAGCCCAGAUUGCGCCACUGCACUCCAGCCUGGGCGACAGAGCGAGACUCCGUCUCAAAAAAAAAAAAAGAAAAAAAAAAAAAAAAGAAAAAUGAAAAAUCUUAGAUUCUCCAGAGAGAGUUUGAUUUGUGGAUUCCCACCCUGCCCCCUGCCCCCAGCUGAGUCAUCAGCCAGGAACAUUUUGUUGAGGUUUAUUUUUUACAAUUUUUGUUACGAACACAAGAGUUUUAAAUUUCCCCUCCCCCAAAUAUUAUUGAAUUGUAAUAUUGGAUAUGCCGUUUCUAAUUAUAUAUGCUAAAAGAAAAAUACCACACACACACACACACACACACACUCCCCUAAAAGCCCCUUCCAGGCCAGGUGCAGUGGCUCACACCUGUAAUCCCAGCAUUUUGGGAGGCCGAGGUGGGCAGAACAUGAGGUCGGGGGUUCAAGACCAGCCUGACCAACAUGGUGAAACACUGUCUCUACUAAAAAUACAAAAAUUAGCUAGGCGUGGUGGCAUGGCAUGCGCCUGUAGUCCCAGCUACUCAGGAGGCUGAGGCAGGAGAAUCACUUAAACCCGGAAGGCAGAGGUCACAGUGAGCCGAGAUGGCACCACUGCACUACAGCCUGGGUGACAGAGUAAGACUCUGUUUCAAAAAAAAAAAAAAAAGGCCCCUUCCUUCUGCCUAUCCCCCAGAGAAUGGCAACCCUCCCUAGUUGAAAACUCACUGUUCUAGAACUGGCUGUCACCAACUACCCUUCUGGUUAUAAUUUGGCUUCUUAAGUUUCCCAUAGACAGAAAAUGUGCUAACCAGCAAACUUGGAUUUGGGGCUUGCUUAUGUUAUGUUUCCCAUUGCAAGUUAAUUAAUUGGCAUUCAUGAGCCCUUAGAGUCCCAUUGUGUCUAUGUGUGCUAACAUUUAAGUUUCUGAGUUAAUAAAGCUGAGUACCACAUUCCAGAACAAAGCCCCUUCCAUAAAUCUCACUAGAACCAGAGGUGCUAUCCCGUCCCGGUGACCAGCCAGUUAUUCUCCAAGCCACCCUCACCAGACUCCUUUUCCUCCAAUUGUACUAGUAAAAUCAUUUUAAAAAAAGAAAAAAGAGGCACAAAAUAGCAUAGAUAGAAUUUAUUUUACCAUCUAGAGAUGCAAGAUGGCACACAUCUGUAGAAACAUUGAAAGGAGAAAAAGACCUUUAGGUUGCCAUAAUCCCAGGGCUGAUUAUGAGAAGUUCCCUUGAAGCGAGCGCUUGUGAGGAAGAACUCAGUAGCUAGAAUGUGAACUUUGAGUAAAUGUUGGCCCUAAAAAUCUCUGUUAUCACAUGUGGAGGAAGGAAUGAAGCUUAUUACAAGAGUAGAGACGAAAUUCACCCACAGGGCUGCAAGUUCCUUUAUUCCAGAAAACCACAAAGAGGAAUCUUUUAGUGAUGCAAACAUCAAGGAUAAAGCCUUUUUGUUUUUUUAGACAGGGUCAUGCUGUGUUGCCCAGGCUAGAGUACAGUAGUGUGAUCAUGUCUCACUGUAGCCUCAAACUCAUGGCUCAAGUGAUCCUCCCACCAUAGCCUCCCGAGAAGCUAGGACUACAGGCAUGUGCCACCAUGCCUGGCUAAUUUUUUAACUUUUUGUAGAGAUGAGGGCUUGCUAUGCUGCCCAGGCUGGUCUCGAACUCCUGGUCUCAAGUGAUCCCCCUGCCGGGGCCUUCCAAAGCACUGGGAUUGCAGGCAUGAGCUACUGUGCCUGGCCAAAGAGUAAAGCCUUUGCAGAGAUGUUUUGUUUUUAACUAUAGAAUAUCUCAAACUUAUACUAAAAUACAUAGAACAAUAUAAUGAACUCUCAGGUACACAUCACUUAGUUUCAAUGAUAAUCGACUAGUGUCAAAUAUUGUUGCCUCAAAAUCCCCACCCGCUUUGCUCUGUGCCCCACUUCUAUGUAAUUAUGAGUCAAAUCUCAGGCAUUAUUUCUGAGACAGAGGUUGUUUAGCUGAAGAGCAAUCUUAUUCUGACUGGUAAUAUGAAAAUGGCCAUUGUGGUAGAAGACUUGCAUUUCUUCAGAUUACAGUUCCCUUGUGAUUAGGCUGCACUAUCCCAGUACAAUUUCACUUAUUCUUAGGUGCAUGUGAUAUUUGCUGUUAAUUAAGGGAUUGUUUACAGGAGAAUAAGAGCAAGUCUGAACACCCCAGGAAAGGUGUGCAGGCCAGAUUAUCACCUUAAACUUUAGAGAGCUGGCCUGGAUUUGGCUGGAUAUGACCCAUACUAGGCCAUGGAAGGCCUUUACUACCACAGAAUAAGGAGACCCUUAUUCUAAAACUGAAGAACCCAGAGGUGCAUGCCAUGGCAUGCAAAUACCACUACAUCAAAGUAAUCCUUUUGCUACUCAGGAGGCUGAAGCAGGAGCAGUACUUGAACCAAAGAGUUCAAGAUUGUUGUGAUCUAUGAUCAGGCCUGAGAAGAGCCACUGCACUGUAGCCCGGGCAACAUAGCGAGACCCCUGUCUUUAAAAAAAAUUAUUUUAAUACAAAAAACCUGAAGAACCCUGGCCGGACGCAGUUGCUCACGCCUGUAAUCCCAGCACUUUGUGGGGCUGAGGCGGGAGGAUCACCUGAGGUCAGGAGUUUGAGACCAGCCUGGCCAACAUGGAAAAACCCCAUCUCUACUAAAACUACAAAGUAGCUGGGCAUGGUGGCACAUGCAGUCCAGCUACUUGGGAGGCUGAGACAGGAGAAUCGCUUGAACCCAGGAGGCAGAGGUUGCUUUGAGCUGAGAUCGCACCAUUGCACCCCAGCCUGGGCAACCAGAGUGAAACUCUGUCUCGAAAAAAAAAAAAAGAAAAACAGGCUCAAGUGCCACCUGUAAGAGGAAGGAGAAGUGGACCCUGCCAUGGGAGUUAGGCAGACAGGGUCCAGGAUCGGGCCUGAACCUUCUGAUAUGCUGAGAAGCCAGUCCUGAGGUUGCAGGAGGUUAUUUGCUCGCAGGCUCACCCCUGGGAGCUAACCAUCAUGAUCCUGUGGGAAAGUUAAAUGUUCCCAAGGAGUCCUAAGGUUAUUUGUGAGGGAAACCUAGUAAAAGUCUAGACUUCCUGUUGCACCAUAGGUAGAAUGAAAGUAAAAGAAAUGUACUGUCAUGAUAAUUUCCAAGCCCCUUUGAGUCCUGAGCUAAUAAAUAAAUGUAAUAAAUAUUAACAUUAUAUAUAUACGUUUGAUGUGGGUAGCCAGUUUCUAGAAGGAUACAUAAGAAAUUCUUAAUAGGGUUUCCUCCGAGAUGGGGCCAGGGAGGGUGGCCAAGAUUUUUACUUUUUACUUUAUACUCUUCUAUACAUUAAAAAAGUUUAUUUAUUGUUUAUAUAAUGCAAAUAAGUAAGAUACAAAUGUGUUUACAUAUAAUGUGUCAGCAUAUCCCAAUUGAGCCAAAAAGUUUGUGCCACAUUAGGAAUUAAAUGGUAGAGAAAAAUAGCAUUGUAAAAAUAUUACUCUACAGUGGUUUCCAUAUAAAGUUCCUUCAAAAUUUUCCUUCUGAAAUUUUCCUGUUUUUUUUUAAAGACUAAAUAUAUCUUUCUUGCUGAGCUAUAAGCUAUAAAACAAUUUUAGUAUUCUCCCAGGCCUCCACCAUUACUAACAAUAUUAAUUCCUUGCAUAUAGCAUUAGAGCAGGGUUCUCAUCCCUGGCUUGCACACCCAGAGCCUGGCCCCAAAGUAAGUAAACCUGAAUUGGGCUCACCUGAGCCCAUCUCAUUUCUCAAUUUUAAAAGCUUCACAGGUGACUGUGAUGUACAGCCAGAGCUGAGGUUCAGCAUUAGAAGAACUGGGGAGAAUGUUGCAGGAACAGUGCUAGAGUACUCAACCAACCUUCUAUGGUAGUUGAUGGGUCCAUCCCAGAGAUUUUCCAUGAAUGAGCAAAUAGCAGAGCAAAACCUAAAUUGAACCCUGUCAAGGAAUCAUGAACACCUUUGUAGUUUAAAAUAUACUUGUUAAAGGGUGUUUUAAAUUAAUUGUCCACUUCAUUCCAAUUUGUCUUUUGAUUUCCUUAGUACUUUUCCUCCUUGCAUUUCAUGUAAAUCCAAUGCUGUGUGAGUAAAGAGAAGGGAGGAGAAAGAAGAAAAUGUGCUGAAGCAAGUAUUUUUAGAGUGGGUUUUUGGAAUAUUUUGGAGUUAGCAUUAAUUCAUUUCAAAGGGGCAGAAAAAUAUUCAGAGGUAGCAUGAGAUUAGUAUGAAAAAUGUUGGCAGGACCUAUGAUUCUGUUGCUCACUCUCCAGGAUUUGGAACAGGCAUAUUCCCUUCAUGUGGAAUUGGAAUUAAUUGGACAAUUAAUUCAAAAUGCCUUCAUGAAGAGAACAAAAACAAAUAAAAUUGCCCUUCAUGUCUGGUUGCCUCAACAGAACAACAAAAAAGUGAUGGAACUGGAUGCUCUCCCAGUCUUACAUUUCUAUGUAAAUGUGAAAGACAAACAUGGCUACAAGGACCAGGUUUGAAAUUUUUCACAAUAAAAAGUUUUUUAAAAUAAGGAGCCCCAGAGAGAAUUCCUAGAAGGUGGCAGAGCAGGAAAAACAGGAACCUAUCUUCCCACUUAGAUAAUAAUUUUACCAGUAGAAUCUGUCUAAUGUAAGUAUUUUGGAACUGUGGAGUCUGUUGAAGGCUUAUAACUUCCAGGGCUUGGGCAAUAAUUGUGGUUAAUUUUCAUCAAUUUCAGCUGUAAUCACAGUAGCAGCUAACCACCCUUCAGCUACGUGUCAGGCAGCUGUGCACAUGCUCCUGGAGCAACCUGUACACAGCCUGUGGGAACUAGGGUAGCUGAAAAGGACCCUGUCCUCCAAAUAUCUAGGAUCUGUGCUCUCAUUGCUGAUUGCUGCUUCUCAUCACAGAGGUGCAAAGAAGCAACAGGUUUUGUUGUUGCACUGUACCCCAUUGUUGCAAGUCCCUCCAUCUCUGGAUGAAGUGACUCUCAGGGAAUAUAAAGGGCAAACACCUUUUUCCCUUCCUAUAUUUUUUCCCCUUUGGGAACUAGAUAUUGAAGACUAGAACAUUAAAAAUGAGCCACAUAUAUGUGAUUGGAGUUAGAAAAUCAUCAUGUAUACCCAGGGAAAGGCAAAGGCUCAAAAAAAUAUAUGAGAGGAUCUUAACUUUAUACUUCUGGCUGAUCCACACCACAGAGACAGCUACAGCAACAACAACAACAAAAAAUAGAAAAACAGCAAACCGGCUGGGUGAGGUGGCUCACACCGGUAAUCCCAGCACUUUGGGAGGCUGAGGCAGGCAGAUCACCUGAGGUCAGGAGUUUAAGACCAGCCUGACCAACAUGGAGAAACCCCAUCUCUACUAAAAAUACAAAAUUAGCCAGGUGUGGUGGUGCAUGCCUGUAAUCCCAGCUAUUUAGGAGGCUGAGGCAGGAGAAUCACUUGAACCCGGGAGGCGGAGGUUGUGGUGAGCCAAGAUCAUGCCAUUGAACUCCAGCCUGGGCAACAAGAGCGAAACUCUGUCUCAAAAAAAAAAAGAAAAGAAAAGAAAACCAGCAAACCAAAAGAAAGGACACUGAUUUUCAGAGUUACUACAUUAUUAGAUUCAAAUAUCCAAUUUCCAACAAAAAAUUCACAAGGCAUGCAAAGAAACACAAAUGUAUGGCCUGGUUAAAGGGGGAAAAAAAAACUAACAAGAAAUUGUCCCUGAAAGAGACCUAAAAAUGGAUGUAAUAGACAAGGACUUUCAAACAACUGUCUUAAAGAUGCUAAAAGAACUAAAGGAGGAUGUGGUGAAAGUCAAUAAAACAAUAUGUGAAGAAAAUGGAAAUAUCAAUAAAGAAAUAGAAAACCUAAAAAGAAAGCAAAAAUAAAUUCUGGAGCUGAAGAUUACAGUAGUCGAAGUGAAAAUUUUAAGAAAUUCAAAGGCAAAUUUGAGCAAGCAGAAGAAUCAGCAAACUUGAUAGGACAAUGAAAAUUAUCAAGUCUGAGGAACAGAAAAAAGAUUGGAGGAAAGUGAACAGAGCCUAAGGGACCUGUAGGGUACCAUCAACAUAUGCAUUGUGGGAAUUCCAGAAGGUGAACAGAGAGAGAAAGGGGAAGAGAGAAUAUUUGAAGAAAUGAUGAUCAAAAACUCCCUAAGUAUUUGGAAAAUUCACAAAUUUCUGGAAAUUAACCAACACACUCUUAAAUAACCAAUUAAGAAAAGAAGAAAUCAUAAUGGAAAUUACAAUGUACCUAGAGACAAAUGAAAAUGAACACACAUGAUACCCAAACUUAUGGAACACAGAGAAAGUAAUGCUAAGGGGAAUAUUUAUAAUAAAUUCAAAAUUUACAUUAAAUAGCUUACAUUAAAAAACAAUAAAUGUCUUGAAUCAACAACCUAACCUUAAAACUUAAGAAACUAGAAAAAGAAAAAGAAACUAAACCCAAAGCUGGUAGGAGGAAGAAAAUAAUAAAGAUUAGAGCAGAGAUAAAUGAAAUAGAGAAUAGAAGAAUAAUAGAGGAAAAUAAUAGAAGAAUAAUAGAGACAUCCAAAGAUGGUUCUUCCAAAAGAUCAACAAAAUUGACAAGCCUUUAGCUAAAUGGACUAAAGAAAAAGAAGACUCAAAUUAUUAAAAUCAGAAAUUAAAGUGGGGACAUUAUUACCAAAUCUACAGAAAUGAAAAGGAUUUUAAGAGAGCAAUUGUACUUCAACAAAUUGGAUAACCUAGAUGAAAUGGACAAAUUUCUAAAAACACACAACCUAUCAAGACUAAGCCACAAAGAAAUAGAAAAUCUGAAUAAACCUGUAGCUAACAUGAAAGUUGAAUCUCUUAUAAAAGACAAUAAUUUAAAAUAUCCCAUGAAAGAAAAGCCCUGCACAGUGGCAUGCAACUGUAGUCUCACCUACUCAGGAAGCUGCAGUGACAGGAUCAUUUGAGCCCAGGAGUUCAAUACCAGCCUGGGCAACAUAAGAAACCCCAUCUCUUAAAAGAAAAGAAAAGCCCUGGAUCUGAUAGUUUUACCAGUGAAUUAUACCAAACAUUUAAUGCACUAACACCAAUCCUUCUCAAACUUUUCCAAAAGAAUUGAAGAGAAGAGAUUACACCCUAACCCAGUCUAUUAGGCCAGCAUUACCUUGAUAACAAAGCCAGACAAAGACUCUACAAGAAAAGAAAACUAAUAGACCAAUAUCCCUUAUGAACAUUGAUGCAAAAAAUAUUCUGAACAAAAUAUGAGUAAACUGAGUGCAACAGCAUAUUAAAAAGAUUAUACACUAUGGCUAAGUGAGGUUUAUUCUUGGAAUGCAAGGAUGAUUCAAUGUAUGAAAACUGAUCAAUGUAAUACACCACAUUAACAGAAUGAAGGGGGAAAGCCACAUGAUCAUCUCAAGGGGUGCAGAAAAAACAUUUGACAAAAUUCAACAUCCUUUCAUGGUGAAAAUGCUCGGUAAACUCUGAAUAGAAGGCAACUAACUCAACAUAAAAAAGCUGUCUGUGAACAACCCACAGCAAACAUCAUACUUAAUGGUGAAAGACUGAAAGCUUUUUGUCUAAGAUCAGAAACAAGACAAAAAUUUCCACUUUCACCAUGUAGCAUUGGAAAUGCUAGACACAGCAAUGAGACAAGAAAAAGAAAUGAAAGCAUCUAAAAUGGAAAAAAAGAAGGAAAAUAUCCCGGUUUGCAGAUGACAUGAUCUCAUAUAUAGAAAACCCCGAAGAUUUCACACACAAAAAAGUUAGAAUUAAUAAACAAAUUCAGCAAAAUAGCAGGAUACAAAGUCAACACACAAAAAUCCGUUGCAUUUAUAUACACAAACAAUAAACAAUCUGAAAAAAGAAAACAAUUCCAUUUAUAAUAGCAUCAAAAAUAAUAAAGUACCUAGGAAUUAACUUUACCAAGGAUGUAAAAAAUCUAUGUACUGUAAAGUACAAAAUAUAUCUGAGAGAAAUUAAAGAAGACAUAAAUAAAUGGAGAGCUAUUUCAUGUUCAUGAAUUGGAAGACUUAAUAUUGUUAAGAUUUCAACAUUACCCAAAGUGAUCUACAGAUUCAGUGCAAUUCCUAUCAAACAAGGAGUUUUUUUUGCAAAAAUAGGAAAACAAAUCUUAAUAUUCAUAUGAAAUUUCAAGGAACUCUAAAUAGUCAAAAUAAUCCUAAAAGAGAAGAACAAAGCUGGAGGACUCACACUUACUGAUUUAAAAAUUUAUUAUAGGUAAUAGUAAUUAGGACAGUGUGGUAGUGGCAUAAAGACCACACACAAAGACCAAUAAGUACAAUAGAGAAUCCAGAAAUAAAUCUUCAAAUAUAUGGUCAAAUGAUUUUUGGCAAGGGAACCAUGAUUAUUCAAUAAGAAAAGGACAGUCUUUUCAACAAAUGGUGCUGAGAAAACUAGAUAUUUACAUGCAAAAUAAUGAACUUGUACCCUUACCUAAUACCAUAUGCACAAUUUAGCUCAAAGUAGAUCCAUGGCCUAAAUGUAAGCCAUAAAACUAUUAUAAAACUCUUAGAAGAAAACAUAAGGCAAAAACUUCAUGACAUGGGAUUAGGCAGUGAUUUUGUGUAAUGACACCAGAGGCACAGGCAACAAAAGAAAAAAAUAGACAAAUUAGACUUCAUGAAAAUUUUAAAAUUUUAUAUCAAAAGACACUAUCAACAGAAUAGAAAGGCAGCCUACAGAAUUUGAGAAUAUAUUUACACAUCAUAUAUCUGAUAAGGGAUUAGUAUCCAGAAUAUAUGGAGAACUCCUAAAACUCAACAACAAAAAUACAAACAGCUCAAUUCAAAAAUGGGUGAAGGACUUGAAUAGAUAUUUGAUACUUCUCCAAGAAGAUAUACAAAUGGCCAAUCAGCACAUGCAAAGAUGCUCAACCUUACUAAUCAUUAUGGAAAUGCAAGUCAAAACUAUAGUGAGAGCCACCUGGACAUCCUUAGGAUGGUUACUAUCAAAGCAAUAGAAAAUAAAAUGUGUUUGCAGGGAUGUGGAGAAAAUAGAAUCUUUGUGCCUGUUUGGGGGAUAUAGAAUGGUAUAACCACUGUGGAAAGCAGUAUAGUGGUUUCUCAAAAAAUUAAAAAUAGAUUUACCAUAUGAUCCAGCAAUGCCAUACCCAGAAGAAUUAAAAGCAAGGUAUCAAAGAUAUUUGUAUGCUCGUGUUCAUACAGCAUUAUUUACAAUAGCUAAAACAUUGAAGCAACCCAAGAGGCCAUCGAGAGAUGAAUGAAAAAGCAAAAUGUGAUAUAUACUUACAAUGGAAUAUUAUUCAGCCUUAAGGCUGGGCACAUUGGCCACGCCUGUAAUCCCAGCACUUUGGGAAGCCAAGGCAGUGGAUCAUGGAUCACCUGAGGUCAGGAGUUCAAAAUCAGCCUGACCAACAUGGUGAAACCCUGUCUCUACUAAAAAUGAAAAAAUUAGCUGGGUGUGGUGGCUGACGCCUGUAGUCCCAGCUACUUGGGAGGCUGAGGCCCAAGAAUCACUUGAACUCGGGAGGCAGAAGUUGCAGUGAACCCCGAGAUCAUGCCACUGCACUCCAGCCUGGGCAACAGAGUGAGACUCGGUCUCAAAAAAGAAAAAAAAAGGAAAAAUAAUAUUAUUCAGCCUUAAAAAGGAAGAAAAUUCAGGCCAGCCAUGGUGCCUCACAUCUGUAAUCCCAGCCCUAUGGGAGGCCAAGGCGGGCAGAUCACUUGAGGUCCGGAGUUCAAGACCAGCCUGGCCAACAUAGUGAAACCCCAUAUCUACCAAAAAUUCAAAAAUUAGCCAGGCGUAGUGACAAGCACCUGUAAUCCCAGCUCCUCAGGAGGGUGAGGCAGGAGAACUGCUUGAACCCGGGAGGCAGAUGUUGCACUGAACCGAGAUCAUACCACUGAACUCCAGCCUGGGCAACAGAAUGAGACCCUGCCACAAGACAAAAAAAAAAAAAAAAAAAUGAAGAAGAAGAAGAAAGAAAAUUCUGACGCAUGCUACAACACGGAUGAACCUUGAGGACAUUAGGCUAAGUGAAAUGAGCCAGUCACAAAACAACAAAUACUAUAUGAUCCCACUUUUAUGAAGUACUUAAAGUAGUCAAAAUCAUAGAGACAGAAAGUAGAGUGAUGGUUGCUAGGGGUAAGCAGGAAGGGAGCAAUGAGUAGUUGUUUAAUGGGCAUAGAGUUUCAAUUUUGCAAGAUGAAAAGAGAUCUGGAGAUGGAUGCUGGUAAUGUUUGCACAACCAUAUGAAUAUACUGAAUGCCACUCAGCUGUGCACUUAAAAAUGAUUAAGAUAAUAAAUUUUGUUACAUAUAUUUUACCAUAAUAAACUUGGGGGAAAAAUUAAAAUGAAAAGAACCAAAGUGAGAUAGCAGAGGACCCUGUGAGCUGCUGAGCCUGUGUGAACAGAGACUAGUGGCCUUCAUGGCAUCAUGUGGCUGAAUGAGUGGUUGGUAAUGAUCUCCUGCUUUCUACUAUCUGUUUCCUUUUCUUCCUCAGUUUUUUUCUUAAUCUGCUUCCUUGAGAGAACAAUCCUGCGUCUUUCAGAUAUAAAAUUCCAAGUUUGAUGUGGUGAUUAUGGGGAAAAAAAGAACGUGAGGUCACAAUGAGAAGAUGGGACACUAUGGAAGGCCCUUUAAUUUUCUAAUAGUCACACAGACUUUAAAAAAUAGUCUCUGGGGUCUGGUAACUUAGUAAUGUCAUUGAGUUAUUAUAAAAGAGUAAGCAAUUUUAUAAUAUAUUUGUUUAGGGAUAUAAUUUUGUAUAAUUUCCCUUGUUCACUUAUUUUUCAGUAUAAAUCAGCCUUGAUGAUAUGAUCAUUUCAUUUUUUUCUAAAAUUAGGAUAAUAAUAAUAAUACCUAUUUUAUUAAUGGUGAUAUAAAAUCUAGGAGAAAAACAUGAAUGAAUACUCACAAGUAUUUACUACUUCUGAGUAGUAGAAAACAUGUGAAUACUAACAAGCUACUAUGGUCUUGUUCCUAAAUUUCCACAAGAGAGACCUUCCAAAUGUAUGAAUUUUUAUGUCUAUAUCUUAAGCCAAGAAUAUCCUUCUUCACUAUACCCACCCUACACCUAAUCAGGAAAUUUUCAAAGUCUUACAACAUAUUUCAUAUUCACAAAUUGCUUAUGUUGGAUCAUCACCCUUGUCCUUCACUUCUUGGGCACCAGAGGGCAUACAUCUUAAAUCUCACUUUCUCAGAGACACAAAUCCUUUUUCCCUCCACUGCAGGAUUUACUCCUCUGGAUUUGUUCUGGCACCUUGAAGAAGCUUAGGGGAACAGUUCAGCUUUGCUCUUCCUGAUAAUUAGUGGCUUUCCUGAUGGUGUGGUUCAACACACCCACCAGAGACAGAAGGCAUUUUCCCCAAUACAUCUCUGCUCAUCUAACUCUGUCUUGGCAUCUGCUUCCUGGUGAUCUGAACUGACCCAUAAGCCAUACUUACUAGUUAUUUUCCAGAAGAUGAAUCCGGCCUCGGCGCCCCCUCCGCUCCCGCCGCCUGGGCAGCAAGUGAUCCACGUCACGCAGGACCUAGACACAGACCUCGAAGCCCUCUUCAACUCUGUCAUGAACCCGAAGCCUAGCUCGUGGCGGAAGAAGAUCCUGCCGGAGUCCUUCUUCAAGGAGCCUGAUUCGGGCUCGCACUCGCGCCAGUCCAGCACCGACUCGUCAGGCGGCCACCCGGGGCCUCGGCUGUCUGGGGGUGCCCAGCAUGUCCGCUCUCACUCGUCGCCCGCGUCCCUGCAGCUGGGCACCGGCGCGGGUGCUGCGGGUAGCCCCGCGCAGCAGCACGCGCACCUCCGCCAGCAGUCCUACGACGUGACCGACGAGCUGCCACUGCCCCCGGGCUGGGAGAUGACCUUCACGGCCACUGGCCAGAGGUACUUCCUCAAUCACAUAGAAAAAAUCACCACAUGGCAAGACCCUAGGAAGGCGAUGAAUCAGCCCCUGAAUCAUAUGAACCUCCACCCUGCUGUCAGUUCCACACCAGUGCCUCAGAGGUCCAUGGCAGUAUCCCAGCCAAAUCUCGUGAUGAAUCACCAACACCAGCAGCAGAUGGCCCCCAGUACCCUGAGCCAGCAGAACCACCCCACUCAGAACCCACCCGCAGGGCUCAUGAGUAUGCCCAAUGCGCUGACCACUCAGCAGCAGCAGCAGCAGAAACUGCGGCUUCAGAGAAUCCAGAUGGAAAGAGAAAGGAUUCGAAUGCGCCAAGAGGAGCUCAUGAGGCAGGAAGCUGCCCUCUGUCGACAGCUCCCCAUGGAAGCUGAGACUCUUGCCCCAGUUCAGCCUGCUGUCAACCCACCCACGAUGACCCCAGACAUGAGAUCCAUCACUAAUAAUAGCUCAGAUCCUUUCCUCAAUGGAGGGCCAUAUCAUUCGAGAGAGCAGAGCACUGACAGUGGCCUGGGGUUAGGGUGCUACAGUGUCCCCACAACUCCGGAGGACUUCCUCAGCAAUGUGGAUGAGAUGGAUACAGGAGAAAACGCAGGACAGACACCCAUGAACAUCAACCCCCAACAGACCCGUUUCCCUGAUUUCCUUGACUGUCUUCCAGGAACAAAUGUUGACUUAGGAACUUUGGAAUCUGAAGACCUGAUCCCCCUCUUCAAUGAUGUAGAGUCUGCUCUGAACAAAAGUGAGCCCUUUCUAACCUGGCUGUAAUCACUACCAUUGUAACUUGGAUGUAGCCAUGACCUUACAUUUCCUGGGCCUCUUGGAAAAAGUGAUGGAGCAGAGCAAGUCUGCAGGUGCACCACUUUCCACCUCCAUGACUCGUGCUGCCUCCUUUUUAUGUUGCCAGUUUAAUCAUUGCCUGGUUUCGAUUGAGAGUAACUUAAGUUAAACAUAAAUAAAUAUUCUAUUUUCAUUUUCUGCAAGCCUGCAUUCUUGUGACAGAUUAUACAGAAUUGUGUCUGCAGGAUUGAUUAUGCAGAAUACUUUUCUCUUUCUUCUCUGCUGCCCCAUGGCUAAGCUGUAUGGGUGUUAAUUGAAAUUUAUACACCAAUUGAUUUUAAACCAUAAAAAGCUGACCACAGGCAGUUAAUUCUGAGGGCAUCUUGGUCCAGGAAAUGUGCACAAAAUUCGACCUGAUUUACAGUUUCAAAAACUGUAUUGAUGACAGUAGUACCAAAUGCUUUAAAAACUAUUUAACUUGAGCUUUAAAAAUCAUUGUAUGGAUAGUAAAAUUCUACUGUAUGGAAUACAAUGUAAUUUUGAAUCCAUGCUGGCUCUGAUGGCUCUUAUUAGUCUGUAUUUACAAAGGCACACAGUCCUAUUGUAGCUUAUCUUUCGUUAUUUUACUGCAGAGCAUCUAGAUAACUUAGUCCCUCCAGCGGGAAAACAGCAGCAGCAGCAUUAGUCACAGUUCUUACACUACAGAUCUUGUGAAAGAGACCAGUUUGGUACUAAUAAUGAGCAUUUUAUUCAAACAAAAGUUUUUGAAAUAUUACAACUUGGGAUUUAAAAAAUUGCAGCUUAGAAUUUAAUGGGUUUUUUUUUCUUGUUGUUGUUUGUUUGUUUUUGAGAUGGAGUUUUGCUCUUGUUGCCCAGGCUGGAAUGCAAUGGCAUGAUCUCGGCUCACUGCAACCUCUGCCUUCCGGGUUCAAGCAAUUCUCCUGCUUUAGCCUCCCGAGUAGCUGGGAUUACAGGCGCCUGCCACCACGUCCAGCUAAUUUUUUGUAUUUUUAGUGAGACGGGGUUUCACCAUAAUGGUCAGGCUGGUCUCAAACUCCUGAUCUCAGGUGAUCCACCCAUCUCGGCCUCCCAAAGUGCUGGGAUUACUGGGGUGAGCCACCGCGCCCGGCCUUGAUGUUUGUUUUAUAAAGCACUGUAAUUUUGUAGCUGAUGACAAAAGGCAGCCAAAUGUUUUUGAUAAAUCAGUGGCAACUGUAUUUUUGUCUUUUGAAAUAACUCUGAAAACAUCAGGACAACAUAGAUUUCAACCUGAUAGCACACCACACACAGUGAGCUGUUGCUUUUUAAAUUCUGAAGCCUUGUUAGGUUUGCUUUCUAGAUUUCAAGUGUUUAAAAUAAUUCUAUCUAUGAAACUGAAGGAUGAAGCAGAUCUCUGACUGACGUGUAAAAAAAAAAUGCCCUUUGAGGGUGUAUGGUGGAGAUAAAUGUUUCUGAAUUCAGUAAAAUUGAUUCCUAAGUAUAUUAUCCUAACCCUGUUUGCUACAGUUGGUAUAAAAAGGCAUGAAAUAUGUAUUCAAUACCUCUUAUGUAACCAAAACCAUUUUUAAUUAGCUUUUAAGGACUGAGAGAGCAUCAUGUUCAACUGGCAUGCAGUCUGCCUGCAUUGCCAAUGAAGUCCUCAACUGUUUAAUAUUUUGAACUAAUAUUAUUUAUAAUCUAUGAAUCUAAUCUUUUUUGAAAGACUUUAAUAAUUUGAGUCACUGAGAGGAUACUUUCAAUUUCCAUGGGGGAUUUAUUUGUUGGGGAUCUUAAAUAAGAUUCCUUUUGAUCUACUGGAAUAUACAUGUACAGAGUACAUUGGAUCAUGUUGGAAAGGAGGCAAGUGAAAAGGUCAGAGAUGAAGUAGCGAAGUUAUGGAAUAUCGUGGAAAGGAUACUAGUUGUGAAAUGGAAAGAGACAAGUUAUAGUACCCCAAAAGCAAAACAAGCAGGAGAUGCAAGAGAUGCCCCAAAAGGACAAAGCAACAAUUUUCUGUUGCCACCUUUAUACCGCAAGACUCUGUUGUAGAAGAAAAGAAGGCUUUGGUGCACCUUAUGUGGGAGGAGGAGGGGCAGGGCAUGCUGAUGCUGAGCGUGCAGGCAGACAAGAGUGUAGCCUGCUGUUGCCUCCAUCAUUAUGAAGUGACUUCUUUUUCCUGAAGGCCCCAUGGUUUAUGUUCCUCUAAUUCCUUUCACUCUCCCUAAGCCCUCUGAGAGAGAUGAAGGUAGAUGAUUUUAUUGCUACUAAAUUGAAGGGAGCACUAUUUCUUUUUGUCUUUUGUUAGCAAAAAAUUGCAAAAAGAAUUGUACAUUCUUGCUAAAAAAAUAAAUAAAUAAAUAAAAAAUUAAAAAACAAGGGACCUAACAAAACUCAGCAGUGUUACUGUAUUUUUAAAAAAUAUUUUUAUAGACUCAUUUUCAGGUUAUUAAAUGUAAGAGAAACAGAUACCCCUCUUUUUUAAAGUAGUUAAAUCAUUGAUGAUUUAUAUUACCAAUUUUUAGAAGUAAUUUUCUAGUAAGCUUGUGGCAUUAGAAAAGACUAGAAGAUUUUUUUAGUUAAAUUAGUUAGAACAUUUAUGAAUGAAUAUAAUAAAUAUUUUUUCAGAAUAAAAUAUGGACCCUUUGUGUUUACUAACAGAUAAAGCCAGAUAUAAUUUUUUGUUUUUAAGGCCACAAAAUAUGGCCUUUGUUAAAGAACACUAAAGUUAGAAAUUUAAAGUUAGAGCAACUUUUUAAUGGCUAUUUCCUAUUAUUGUAAGUGUUAAAACCCCUGCAGAAUUCUUGAUAAGGUGCUAUUUAUACUAUAUUUCUUAUUAUAAGACAACUGUCUUUAGUCUUCUUAAUACUAGUCUUUUUAGUACUAAAUCAAUCAGUAAACAUCAUCAUUUCACCCCAAAAUUUUGUCACAAAAAAGGUAUAUCAAAUGAAAAAUAAUUUCAGAGAUCUUUCUUUCAAGAUAUUUUUUCCUGAUAAAAUACAUCGUCUUGAAGUAAAUACAUUGUCAAAACCUAAUUGCAAUUCUGUUAAAUCUAAGUAAUUUUUAGACAGUGUUUCACCAUAUUAUUUAGGAUGUGAAAUGUCAUUUCUUUCACUGAUUACACCAUAUACAGGAAACAGGUAAAACAGUGAAAACUUUAUUGUGCUGGUUGAUAGAGUGACAGAAGUGUUCCUAAUUACAAGUUGUGUUCUCAUGACGUAAUUAGAAAGUAACUUCUCAAAGUACAACUUUCAUGAAAAAAAUAAGCUGUUAAAAAAAGGAAAUAAUAGGUUAAUUUAAUUGGGAAAAUGGGCAAUUGACAGAGACCAUUUCCCUAACACAUAUGUGCUAGUACUUUAACUUUUUAAAAUUUUACUUCUACGUUUUGUAAUAUAAAAAUUUCUAUUUUAAGUUUAGAAUGUUAUGCGUACCGAAAGUAUGCAGCCAAAUCGAUCAGAUCAAACCAUUUUACCUGGAGUUUGGUACUGGUUUUUACUUCUCUGAAUCUGUAUAAGAAAAAUAAAGACAAUUGAACUUCCA